UAUUUAAGGGUUUGCAAACCUUAAUCAAGACAAAAUCAGGUUACAUAUGUUUGAUAUGUCAUUCGUUGUCGUGUAACAGCUGGAGUUUGUUAAAUUUUUUUGAAGAGAGAAAAAAAAUUUGAAGAGAGAAUAAAAAAUGUUUGAAGAGAGAAAAAAAAUUUUUGGAACAGAGAAUUUUUUUUUUUUAAGACUUAGGCUCAGGAAGGAACUGAGACACUAUUUUUAUUUUAUUUUUUUCACCGUUAUUUAUUUAUUUAUUUUUUUCCACCUUGCGGUUCAGGGCUUCCAUAAGAUAUAGUAUAUUAACAAUAAUCAAAUAUAUUGAAUACAGUUAGUAUAUUAGUUGAUAUUAAUUAUCAAAGUUGUACCAACAUUUAGCCUUUACAGCUAGAAGAUCAUUGUUUACCUUACUCGACAAACAACUAUUAUUGCCUAGUUUUUAUCACACUCUGCUCCAUCUCAACUCGAUAAUAAUGCCUGUCAUAUAGCGCACUUGAAUGUGUUCGUAUGCGCGAACUGAGACAACCGAAAUGGGGCAAAACAAAGAUGAGUGUAUUUUUUCCGUUUUGAUCACUCGUAAAAUUCCUUGAGCUGAAAGAUAAAACGGAUUUAUUUUAUUCUUUAUCCCAUUUUCUUUGAAUGUGAGUGUUAUUAGGCUGAACAGGCUAACCGGAUCCCUUCUCUGUCUGCUGCUGUACAGUGUCAGUGUGUGUGUGUGUGUGUGUGUGUGUGUGUGUGUGUGUGUGUGUGUGUGUGUGUGUGUGUGUGGGUCAUGGUGUUAAUGAUGGAAUCGCAAUGCGAAUACUUUAUGUAUUUCCCUGCCGUCCCCAUCUCAGAUCUGUCGGACCCGGCCAGAUAUCGCACGCUUCCGCGUCGCAGCCACCUCUAUCUCGGGGAAACCGUGCGCUUUCUUCUGGUUUUGCGCUCUCAGAACGUCGCAUCUGGUUCAGGCUCCUCUUCGUCCACCGGCACUGCGGCGGCUGUUGAUGGCAGCGGGACGGAGCAUCACAGUCGCUCUUGGAGGGAGCUGGCCGACACUCUUUGCGCCGUGGCCAGCGUUUGCCCCGGCGACAACAGACAGCGAGGUCAGCCUUUGUAUCACGACUACCACAGCAGCGGGGACGAGUGUGUGGAGGACACGGACGAUGAUGAUGCUGCGGAUGUGGGCAGCGCAGGUAGAGGGGGCCCGAGGUACCGGGGCUUCAGGGAAUGCAAGCCGCUCCUCAUUCACAACAGCUCGGGCAACGGCGUGAGGGAAUUCCGCAAGGCUCCUGUGCAGUCUCCUGUGGAUGAGCCAGUUGUUUUAAACGACGAGGUAAUCUUUCCUCUGACUGUGUCUCUGGAUAAACUCCCUGUCAACACUCUCAAAGUGAAGAUAAUAGUGACUGUGUGGAAGCAAGAAGAGGGGAAAGUGGAGCUCCAAGAACAUGGCUACCUCAGCAUCCUCCAACAGAAAAGCCCCUGCCAAACAUUCCGCCAGGACCUAAACACCUUCAAAGCCCAGGUCAGCACCACUCUUAAUGUCCUGCCCCCUCCCACAGUGAAGUGCCAGCAAAUGACUGUUUCAGGGAGACACUUAACCGUCCUGAAAGUGUUAAACAGGAGUUCUCAAGAGGAAGUGUGUGUUCGUGACAUCAGAAUCCUGCCCAACUUCAAUGCCUCAUACUUACCAAUGAUGCCAGAUGGCUCAGUGCUGCUGGUUGACAAUGUUUGUCAUCAGUCAGGAGAGGUUGCCAUGGCAUCAUUUUAUAGGAUGGACAGUGAAUCUAGCCAUCUUCCCAGCUUGCUCAAUGCUUUAGAAGAGCAGAACUUUCUCUUUCAAUUGCAGCUCAGUAACCAGCCACAAGAUGAUUCAAGUGAGGGAUUGGAGGUGCCAUUGGUUGCAGUCUUACAAUGGUCCACUUCUAAACUGCCCUUCACCAAUUCUAUCUACACUCACUAUAGUCUCCCUAGCGUGAGGCUGGACCGGCCACGCUUCAUCAUGACUGCCAGCUGUCCCAGUGCUGUCAAGGCCCACGAGCAUUUCCGGGUGCGAUACACUCUACUCAACAACCUUCAGGACUUCCUGGCCGUCCGAUUAGUCUGGACACCUGAAGGUCGUGCGCAGAAAGAGGACCCUGCAGUAAAUGCAGUGGUGUGUCAUUCUCCUCUCAGCAACCUAGGAUACUGUCGGAAAGGCAGUACCCUCUCCGUCAGUGUGGCUUUCCAGAUACUCAGAGCAGGACUUUUUGAGUUGAGUCAGCACAUGAAGCUGAAGCUACAGUUCACAGCGUCCGUAUCCAACCCUCCCCCUGAUGCCCGACCUUUGUCUCGCAAGAACAGUCCUUCCAGCCCAGCAGUCAGAGACAUUCUGGACCGACAUCAGGCCAGUCUUAGUCUGGGCCGCUCUCAGUCAUUCUCGCACCAGCAACCAUCCAAAUUCCACCUCACGAGGACGGGCAGUGUUAUGGAGCGCAGGGCCAUCACUCCUCCUGUGGGCUCUCCUGUUGGUCGUCCCCUAUACCUCCCUCCAGACCGGAACAUUCUUUCGCUCGACAAAAUUGCCAAGCGUGAGUGCAAGGUGCUCGUAUUGGAUUCACACACCUAAAUACACACAGGCAGAGGAGGUGGGAAAUUCUUGAACUUGGGUACAUAUUAAUGUGUCAUGAAGUAGAGUAUAUUUAAAAAGAUGUUUAAAAAAAAUCCAUGGUCUUUAGGUUUUAUUACAAUUUGUUUUUAUGUUGUUGUCUUUUUACCUGGAAUCAUUGUUUACAUGCUGUACAGUAUGGUUCUUUAAAAUAAUUUCAAUGCAAGUUAUGUGUAGCCACUGUCUUUGAAUGAAAGGAUGAAAAACAUUCACAUGCACAUACAGUAUGUCACAGGGUUUUUUUUUUUUUUUUUUUUUUGUAGCUUAUCCGUAGGAAAUUUCACUGGAGACAUGAAGUUCUGAAACUUGUGUUGCUUACAAGAUAAAAUGGUGUAUUGAUGAUUGUUUAAAUACCCCAUUUUGGAAGCGUGUAAUGUGCGAUAGUGUUUUGUUUUCUCUCCAAAUAUGCUACUUAGUAUUGGAUAUUUUGGACGUUUCUACAUUUCAUUUGUCAACACUGCCAAAAUUCCCCUGUCCAUAUUGACAGUAAUUCUGUCUUUUUGCAUUCCAGUAAUUUGCUUUACUUUGUGAAAGCGCUUUUAUUAUUUUUAUUGUUUUUCUUAAUUACUUUAAAGAUUGUUUUCAAAGAAGCAGUUUUCAGUUUCCAGUCAUGUUUAAACUGAAUUUUAUUUGAUCUGGUGGUGAAGUAUAUCGGCGUUAUUUUGCCCUGCAGUGUAACUGCAUGUCACC